AUGGCGGUUGGUUGUUUCAGUGCUGGGAGUGUGUGGAGUCCGCGCCGAUGCUUGCCGAGUGCGAGCUACAAGCCUCCAUUGCUCUCUGAACAGCAACCGGCGCAAGCACAUCAUCUUCCCCGCCUCGCGCAAAUCGCGAAGAAAGCGGAGGUCUCGCCACGUGGCAGCGGCUUUCUUGCAGGUUACACGAUGGCAUUCGUCCUGCUUGUCAGAGGCUUCAAGGGAGGCAUCCUGGCCCACAGCAGACAAGACAGGCGACUGUCUGUGCGACGCAGUCAGGACGAAGCUGAGAAAGCAGAGGGUACAGCGGCUACAGGGGCUUCGGUUCCUACAAGGAUGCAGUUGCUCAAGUUUGCGGCGCCUUUGGCGGCAGUGAGUGUCACAGGCCCCAUCCUCUCAACAAUUGACACCUCUUUUGUUGGACGAUGUGCUGGAACGGUGGAGUUGGCAGCGCUUGGACCUGCUUGUACUGUCACUGACCUCAUCUACUUGAUCUGCAGCACAGUUUCAACCGCAGCUAUCAAUCUUUACGCAAAAAGCGCGCAGGAUGAGCACAAGCUCAGAAGAUUCAAUGCGACGUGCCUCUCAGUUGCCUUCUUUGUGGGAGUGAUUGCUGCUGUGGUCUCCCUAACUUGUGGCGAGCAGCUGCUGCGGGCUCUUGGAGCUAUGCCCGUGAUGAUGGGAGUGGCACGCAAGUAUGUAGUUGUGCGGGCUCUCGGACUUCCACUGGCUAGCAUGGCCUGUGCUAUGUAUGGGCUUUGUGUUGGUCGGGGAGACACGCAAACACCUUUAGCUGUACAAGUCUAUUUGUCCGCUUUGUUGAAUGUUUGCUUUGACUGGCUACUCUGUGCGAUCCUGCCGUGGGGAGCAGCCGGGGCUGCUUGGGCAACGGUUGCGGCUCAGGCCACCAGCUUCUGCGCGUACUUUCUGUUAAUGCGCAGAAAGGGCCAGCUACCGUUGCCGAGCGCGGAAGAGUUCUUACCAGAUUUCGCCGAGAUGAAGCCGGUCUUUGCAAUUUUCCUUCCCGUCUCUUUCAUUGUGGUGUGCGUCCUCUCUAUGUACGCAUGCAUGUCAGGGUUUGUGAACAACACGCAGCCGUUACCGAUGAUUGCGGCGUACAAGAUCUGGAUAACCGUCUUUGCGUUCUUUGCUUUAUGUGCAGACCCGAUGGCAGCUGCAACCUCCACCAAGCUUCCUCCAUUCAUUCUCGAAGGAUCCAGCCAAAAAUCACGGCUUUUUGUCCGUCGAGCCAUUACCUGCGCUGCCGGAGUUGGGGCGAUGGGAGGUCUUCUUGGUGCAGCCGUCUUAAACUUCGCGCCAGGCGUCUUUACCCAGGAUGCGACGGUCAUGGAGGGUGCCAGAAAUGGGUUGUUUCAUUUUGUUGCGAUUCUUUGCUUCAUGCACCCCACUCGGGUGUGCCAGAACUCACUUGUUGUGCACGGUGACCUUGUCUUCUACGUCAUUGCCCAAACUUGUUUGUCCCUGCUCUUCUUCGCCGGCCUAACGUUGCUGGCGGGCAGGUGCGUCGCAGGAAGCAUCUCUGCCUACCGCAGCAUGCUGACUGCCACGCUGAUCUUCUACAUGGCCAGUCUUAAGACCUACGGAUUCCGCGUGCGGUAUUUGAACCGCAGAGUCCGCAUCAAAGAUUAG